AUGCAGUCCUGUAAGCCGAAGGUCACCGACCUAAAUCCACAUCUACUAUGCGUUCUGUGCGGUGGAUACUUCGUGGACGCCACGACGGUGAUCGAAUGUCUACACUCCUUUUGUCGAAGUUGUAUUGUCAAGUAUCUUGAACGCAACAAAUAUUGUCCAAUAUGCGAUGUAUUGGUCCACAAAUCAAAACCUUUAUCCAAUAUCCGGCCAGACUACACCCUGCAAAAUAUUGUUUACAAACUUGUUCCACAUUUAUUUCAAAAGGAAAUGGUAAUGAGAAGAGACUUUUACAAUCGAAACAAAGUGUAUUUACCUAGGGACCCAAUGAGCCGUGGUGUUGUACCUGAUGACUAUCAUAUAUUUGCUGCCAGUGAUGCAAUCAGUAUAUGUCUUUAUUAUGAAUGCGAAAAAAUUGACAAAAAAAAUAUACAAGAAAAACACAAACGAUAUCUAUGGUGUCCAGCAUCAUUGACAGUUAUAAAUUUGAAAAAAUUAGUUUACAUUAAAUAUGAAUUAAUACCAACUGAUCAUCAUGUAGAGUUUUUCUACCAAAAUUAUUUACUAGAUGAUCACUUAACCUUAAUGGACGUUGUUUACAUGUUUGAUUGGAAAAGGAAAGAUCCACUUACAAUCACUUAUCGAAUUCUUAAAAUUGUUAUUGAACCUCUUUUAAAUGAUGACACGGCAAAAGAAGAGAGUAUAAUUGAGUCUAAAAAAGAUGAUGAAAAGUCUGAAGAAAAACCAAAUGAUUUGCUUCAAAAUGUAAUCAACACAGAAAUACGCAUUGAAGAACUACCAAAAAUUGAUGAAAACCUACUGGUCGUUGAAAAAAUUCCAGAUUCCAAAGAAGUACAAUUGGAAAUAAGUGAAAAUGGUAUCAUGAAAGUUACAAAUAUUCAUCAGAGUAGAGAAACUAUACAAGCUAAUGUCACUAUAGAACCAACUGAUAAAGUUAAAAAUGAAAAUCCAUCUAAACCUGGUGUUAUAAAUGAAGAUAAAGACGAUGAUAAGAAAAAAACUUUAAAAGUAUAUCCUGGGUCAAAGAUAAAAAAAACCAAACCAAAAUUAGACACUAUUGUUGAAAAAAUUAAAAAACAAGGAACUAAAUAUAAAACAUUAACAUCUCCGACAAAACACUGGAAUCCAAGUAUAUCAAAAACUUCAGUUUUAGCCAAAAAGAAAGAAAUAAACGGAGUUGAUAAAAAGUGUCAAAAAUUUUUCAAAUCAAGAGAUGAUAAAAAAGAUGAAGAUAAAGCUGAAGACAGUUUGAAGAGAUUAGCUGAAGUGCCUUUAAUGAAAAUUAAUCCUCAAACAUUAUGUCCAAUUUUGCCUUCUUCUCCAGCUAAGAAACCCAAAAAACCUGUUCCUAAAAAAAAUACAUUAGCUCAUUCUUUGGCUCUACUACCUGUUCGACCAACCAAUCAUAAUCCAUUUACAAAUCCAUUGAAUCCGUUCAUGUAUGGAACAUUUCCAAAUAAUUCAAAUGGAGAUCCAGGAGAUACAAAUGAUUUUCUUAAAGCCAUGUCUGAGCUAUGUCCGCCAUCAUCAGCUUAUCACAAUUCUUUACCACCGUCUGUCAGUGUACUUUUCAACCCCCUAUACACUCAUCACAGACAAUGUCAGGCUAAGAAGACUUCUGUAGCUGUAGCUCAAUCACCCGACAUACUAAAAUUACCUGCCAAUAAAAAUGGAGAAAAAUCUGAUCAGAUAGAAGAUAAAACCAAUGACAAAGGUAACGAUAAAGACGAGUGUACUAAUAAUAAUAAUGGUGAAGAGAAAAUGGAAGUGGAGAAAGAAAAAGAAAAAGAAAAGGGAAAAACUUAA